AUGGCCAUCACUAGUGCGCGGACCAUUGUGCAUUUGCAGGAGAAAGGACAUUUUGAGCAAGACAAUGAACGGAUCACAGAUAAAUAUACGUUGGCUGAUAAGUUACCGGCGCAGCUAAAAGAACUCAGUCUUCGUCCACGGAGUAUAUCAAAGCCUUCAUACACUCUUCGGAAGCUGACGACCAACGACAAAGAGUCAGUCAUUGAUUUUCUUAGAAGAUUCUUCUUCCGCGAUGAACCUCUCAACCUUACGAUUAACCUUCUGGAGACACCAGAAUCACGAUGCAUGGAGCUGGAGGAAUAUGCAGCCAGCACUCUUCAAGAUGGGGUGUCUGUCGCAGUUGUGGACGACCAAGGAAAACUCGCUGGUGUUGUUAUAAACGGCGUUGUGACGAGAGAGGAAGUGGAUUAUACAGAUAAGUCUGAAGACUGCUCUCAUCCCAAAUUCAAGAGGAUCUUAAAAUUACUUGGCCAUUUGGACCGCGAGGCGAGAAUCUGGGACAAACUGCCGGUGAACUGUAACAAGGUUAUGGAAGUCAGGAUAGCCUCCACGCACCCUGACUGGAGGGGCAGAGGGCUGAUGAGGGUGCUCUGCGAAGAAUCAGAACGGAUAGCAAGAGAGAUUGGCGCAGGCGCCAUGCGUAUGGAUACAACAUCUGCAUUUUCCGCGGCAGCCGCUGAAAGGCUUAAGUACAAGAGCGUCUACAGUAUCUUAUACGAGGACAUACCUUAUGCCCCCCACCCGGACCCUCCACACGUUGAAGCUAGGGUCUACAUCAAACAAAUCUAA